CACCCAGUCAGCUAGAGACCCCUGCCCUGCUGUGAGUCUCGCGCCCACUUCUCCUGACUUCUCCGCCGCCACCUCAGAAGGCUGGAGCAGGGACGUGGUCGCUCCGGCCGCCUGCUCCCUUUGGGUCCCCGUGCGAACCCACGCCGGCCCGGGCGCCCACCGGCAGCGCUGCCUCUGGAUACCGGAUAAGGCCCAGCGCACAGACUCCCGGGUGGACAGCAUGCUUCCUCUGGCUGUUUUCCUGCUUCUGGCCAUCUGUAGCCUUGUGCCCACAAGUCUUGCGGAAGGGGUCCAUUGUGAUCUACAGCCUGUGGACCCCACAAGGGGUGAGGUGACAUACACCACCAGCCAGGUCUCUGAGGGCUGCGUAGCUCAGGGCACCAACGACACAUAUGAGAUCCACGUUCUCUUCCUGGAUUUUCCCAAUGUGCUGUCACAGCUGGAGCUGACUCUUCAGGCAUCCGAGCAAAAUGGCACCGAUACCCGAAAGGUGUUACUGGCCCUCAUUUCUAACAGAACUGUCUUCGUGAAGUUCCAGGCCCCGGAAAUCCCAUUGCAUUUGGUCUACAACCCCAGACUGGUCAUCUUCCAAGAGCCUCCAAGGGACAACGUCACGUUGCCGCCCCUUACCUCCAGGGAACAGAUCCUUAGCUGGAUAGCCCCGAAGAGCUCUGUCAACUCAAUGGCGGUACUGGAUGACCCCAAAAGUGUCGUCCUCCGGCUGGGCCAAGCUCCAGCUCCAGGGCUGUUAGCCGGCUGCUCGGCAAAAGCUCACCAGGACAUGGGCGCCACACUUGAGUGGGAACCACGAGCCCCGAGCGCCGUCCGAGGCUGCCGCCUGGAAGGUGUGACUGGCCACAAGGAGGCGUACAUCCUGAGGAUUCUGCCAGGUUCCGGGGCCGGGCCCCGGACAGUGUCUGUAAAUGUGGAACUGAGCUGCACAUCUGGGGCUCCCGAUGCCGUUCUCAUCCUGCAGGGUCCUCGGGAUGUAUCCUGGCUCAUCGAUACAAACCACAACAUGCAGAUCUGGACCACAGGUGAAUACUCCAUCAAGAUCUUUCCAGAAAAGAGCAUCAAAGGCUUCCCGCUCCCAGAAACACCCCAAGGCCUGAUAGGGGAGGCCCGCAAGCUCAACGCCAGCAUUGUCGCCUCCUUUGUGGAGCUCCCUCUGGCCAGUGACGUCUCACUGAGGGCCUCUAGCUGCGGUGGUGGUGUGCUCCAGACCUCACCUGCACCAGUUUUGACCACGCCUCCCAAGGACAGGUGCAACCCUGAGCUCCUCAAGUCUCUGAUCCAGCCGAAGUGUAGCAAUGGCCACAUGACUCUGACACUCAAUAAAACACUUGUGCAGACUCUGCAGUGUACCAUCACAGGCCUGGCUUUCUGGGACUCCCGCUGCCAGGCGGAAGACAGUUAUGGCCAACUUGUCUUGAGCAGCAACUACUCCAGCUGUGGUAUGAGAAUGGCAGCGCACGUGAUCAGCAAUGAGGUGAUCAUCAAUUUCCCAUCAGGCUCACCACCAAUUCAGGAAACGGUGCAGUGCAUUGUCACGGACAGGCUGUCCUUCCAGCUGGGCCUCUACCUCAGCCAGCACUUCCUCCAGGAAUCCAGUACCAUUGAGCUGGGCCAGCAUGGCUUUGUGCAGGUGAGCAUGUCUCCAUCGACCUCUGACGUCACAGUCCAGCUAGACAGCUGCUACCUGGACCUGAGGCCUGAAGGGGAGAUGGUGGAACUCAUCAAGGGCCGAGCGGCCAAGGGCAGCUGUGUGAACUUCCUGUCCCCGAGCCCCGAAGGUGACCCCCGCUUCAGCUUCUUCCUCUACAUGGUGCCCACCCCCACAGCUGGCACCCUCAGUUGCAACCUAGCCCUGCAGCCUAGAGCCUUGUCACAGGAAGUCUACAAGACAGUCUACAAGACAGUCUCCAUGCACCUGAACAUCGUCAGCCCUGACCUGUCUGGCAAAGGCCUCGUCCUGCCCUCUGUACUGGGCAUCACCUUUGGUGCCUUCCUCAUUGGGGCCCUGCUCACGGCUGCACUCUGGUACAUAUAUUCUCAUACACGUGCCCCCAACAAGCGGGAGCCCGUGGUGGCGGUGGCUGCCCCAGCCUCCUCUGAGAGCAGCAGUACCAACCACAGCAUCGGGAGUACCCAGAGCACCCCCUGCUCCACCAGCAGCAUGGCAUAGUGCCCAGCCCGGAGCCUGGGGGGCCCCAAGCCAGCCCUUGCCCCGCAGGAGAGAUGGAGUAGCUACAAGCUGGGAACUGCUGGCCAAGAACUUGUCCCAGGAGCCAAACACUUGCACUCAGCCGAGGAUGGAGCAUGCCCUCUGCACCUGCCCCUUAA